AAACUUUUCUUAUUCUUUCUCUCUCUCCUCUCUUCCCCUCUUCUUCUUCCUCUCCAGAUCUGGGUUUGAUCAAACCCAAAUCUGGGUUUUAUGGCAUGUCCACUCCGGCCAAGUACUUGAACAUCCUCCUUUCCUCCUCCCUGCUCAUCCUUCUUCUUUCUUCUUCUUAUUCUUUCUUUCUCUCUCUUCUCCCUUCUUCUUCUUCUCUCAAGCCCAAAUCUGGGUUUUUCUUAAACCCAGAUCUGGCAUUUCAGCAACCCCGCUCACCUUGUCCAUCUUGGACGCGCUUAUGGCACUGCUACUCCCCCAUGUUCGAGGUGAAGAAACUGGGUUUGUGAAUUUAGACGAGAAUCUAUUGUUCGAGGUGUUGAAGCAUGUGGACGCAAGGACGCUGGGCAUGGCUGCCUGCGUGAGCAAAUCUGAGGAAGGAGAAUGAUUGUUGCAAAGGGGAAGGUUUGAGGUGGAGGGAGACAAGAUUUUGUCAAAUUGGUUCACAAUUUAUUUUACAGAUCCAAGGAAAAUUGAAGCUUUCAACAUAAAAAUUUUGUUUUUUU